CCUCAGUCAGACUCAGGCCUCCUGGCCGCUGCUAACUGGCUAAAGUUUCUGCACGGUGGCCUCUAAUUUUAAGAAGACAAACAUGGCAUCCAGUAGUCAGAGAAAAAGAAUGAGCCCUAAGCCUGAACUGACUGAAGAACAGAAACAGGAAAUCCGGGAAGCUUUUGAUCUCUUUGAUGCUGAUGGAACUGGGACUAUAGACGUCAAGGAACUAAAGGUUGCAAUGAGGGCCCUGGGCUUUGAACCCAAGAAAGAAGAAAUCAAGAAGAUGAUAAGUGAAAUUGAUAAGGAAGGGACAGGAAAAAUGAACUUUAGUGACUUUUUGACAGUGAUGACUCAGAAAAUGUCCGAGAAAGACACCAAAGAAGAAAUCCUGAAAGCUUUCAAGCUCUUCGAUGAUGAUGAGACUGGGAAAAUAUCAUUCAAAAAUCUGAAACGUGUGGCUAAGGAGUUAGGUGAGAAUUUGACUGAUGAGGAGCUGCAGGAAAUGAUUGAUGAAGCUGAUCGAGAUGGAGAUGGCGAGGUCAAUGAGCAAGAGUUCCUGCGCAUCAUGAAGAAGACCAGUCUCUAUUAAGAUCAGUGCUUCUUUUUCUAUUGCAAGCACAUGUGACUAGAUUUAGUGCCUGCCAUUUUGUGAAAUAUGGCUUUUGAGAACCCCCCUCCCCCAACCUCUGGGGUAACUAGCCGUGACCUUGAAUCUAUUUUUGACUUUUGGAAGUUUCUUUGAUAUUAAGUUCUUUGUACCUUUACCUGCUGAUUGAUUCAACAGGGCAACACAAGAGCACACAGUGGGGAAAAGGGACUGAGAGUGAGUGUAGCCACCCCGCCUUCUAUUACUUCACACUGCUCAUGCAUUCCACACAGCUGCAAACAUACAGUGGCUGCUUAGAUGUCCAUGUACCCAUGUCACCGGAAGCAG